GUCGAGUUUAAUCUUUCCCCCCGCCCUGGAGGGAGGGAGGAGAAGGAAAGAGGGAGGGAAGAGAGCCUGAGUUUGCAGCCGCCGCUUUGUGCCUCUCACUCACCCCUCUCGCAUUCGGCGCUGCCAUGGCGGAGCAGGCGUAUUCCUGGGCUUAUUCCCUCGUGGACUCAAGUCAAGUCUCCACCUUCCUCAUCUCUAUUCUACUCAUUGUCUAUGGAAGUUUCAGGUCUCUGAAUAUGGACUUCGAGAACCAGGAUAAAGAUAAAGAUGGGAAUACUUCAUCUGCCACUUUCAAUGCAAAUAAUACCAACAAUAGUAUACAGACCAUAGACUCUACACAAGCUCUUUUUCUUCCAGUCGGAGCAUCGGUCUCCCUCUUGGUGAUGUUUUUCUUCUUUGAUUCUGUUCAGGUGGUGUUUACAAUAUGCACUGCAGUUCUUGCAACAAUAGCAUUUGCCUUUCUGCUGCUUCCAAUGUGCCAGUAUUUAACAAGAGCCUGCUCAACUCAGAACAAAAUUUCAUUUGGCUGCUGUGGACGAUUCACUGCUGCUGAACUACUCUCAUUUACUCUUUCAGUCAUGCUUGUGCUUAUCUGGGUAUUAACGGGGCACUGGUUACUAAUGGAUGCUCUGGCAAUGGGACUCUGUGUCGCCAUGAUCGCUUUUGUGCGAUUGCCAAGUCUUAAAGUUUCCUGCUUGCUGCUUUCUGGACUCCUUAUUUAUGAUGUCUUCUGGGUAUUCUUCUCUGCUUACAUCUUCAACAGCAAUGUGAUGGUGAAGGUGGCCACUCAGCCUGCUGACAAUCCUUUAGAUGUGCUCUCGAGAAAACUUCAUUUAGGACCAAACGUUGGGCGUGAUGUUCCUCGCCUGUCGCUCCCUGGAAAGUUAGUUUUUCCAAGUUCCACAGGCACCCACUUUUCUAUGCUGGGGAUUGGAGAUAUCGUCAUGCCAGGGCUUCUGUUGUGCUUUGUUCUUCGAUAUGACAACUACAAGAAACUAGCUAACAGCGAUGCAAUCCCAGCCAAUAUACCUGGCCGAAUGCAAAAAGUGUCAUACUUCCACUGCACUUUGAUUGGUUACUUUGUAGGUCUUCUGACUGCCACUGUAGCAUCGAGGAUUCACCGGGCUGCCCAGCCAGCACUCCUCUACCUUGUUCCAUUUACAUUGCUGCCACUUCUUACCAUGGCUUAUUUAAAGGGUGAUCUACGGCGUAUGUGGUCAGAGCCGUUCCAUUCCAAGGCAAACAGCUCCAGGUUCCUGGAAGUAUGAUAGCAGGAAGUGUAGCUGAACGCAGGAAUAAUAUAUGCUGGGCACCAGAAGAUUUGUGUCAUGUGGUUUCAUUCUUCUCAUCAAACAUGAUUGGUGCUUAAAGUGUUAACAAAAAAAAAGGUUGCGGAGGAAAUGUUUUUUUUCCUUUUGUGGAAUGCAGACUCUGUACAAUUAAUUCAACCCAUCUGCAGUCUUUGGAUUAGCAACAGACUCUCACACCCUACCAUGUAUAUUACAAGUUUAAAAAAAACAAACAAACCCACUUUUUAAAAUGACAAGAUGUCAAAUCCAAUCUUCUACAUACAGCUGCUAUACAGAAGAUGCAACUUUGAAGAUGCCUCUUUGAAGGGACCAGCAACUCUUUAAUUGUCUUGAACUUUAGACUAAAGGAGAAGACAAGGCAGCGACAAAUCUUUUGAAUUCAGUAAUUACCUGUCAGGUGACUUGUAUGUUUCUUCCCGCAGACGUGAGUUGGGUAUGCAGUAAAAUCUGUGCUAUAAUUAACUUUACACCUGAAGUUUUGUUGCGUCGAUCCAGAAAGGUAAAGACGCCAAGAUGAAUCAUGUUGUGUACUUAAGUGGCCUGUUGUAAAUUUUAGCAUGUAUAGCAUUAAAUAUCGCUUCAGUAUAAGACCCACUAUCUCCUUUUCCAAAUGCUCCUAUACCAUAUGUGAGUUUAGAAAUGUAAUUGUAGUUUGCACUCGUACCUGUGUUAAUGACCCCUGUUGACCUUGCACAAUUAUGAUUGGUGUAGCAAAAAAAUUAACGUUUUUAUGGUUUCUCCCUUUUCUUUAUUGGUUUGAUUAAUUUAGCUAAUGCAUGUAUCAUAGCAGUACUUGUUAUUUGAACCCUCUUGAUUGUAGUGAUGUACCCUUGUAAAUAUUUUUUUUGUAUACAUUUGUUUAAAUGUGCGUUGUUAGCUCAACCUGUUGAAAAGCGUAAUCUGGUCCAAGUUUACAAGCAGUAUCUGUUUUGUACCUUGGGUUUGUAUUUGGUUCCCAUUACUUUUUUCGGAUGCUGUCACAGCAGCACAGUAAUAUAGGGUGGCACGCAAGUCAAACCAGCAAGAAGCGUGCUUGUAAAAUUUUGCAUCAUUACUGAGUGAACAAGACUGCCAAUGUAAUCUCCAGACCCAAAUAUUGCAUAAAACCAGUGCAGGGCCUAGAACCAACAUGAAUUAAUUCCAACAGUGCUUCAAGCUCUUCCGUGCCCACCUCUACCCUACCAUCAGUCCCUCCACACCCAUUCACCAGAGCAUACACAAAGUGUUAUGUGUCACUUUUAAAGGAGGAAGUGUUCACAUUUCCUUAAAAAAAACCACUGAGUGUAAUGUUUUUGUGCUGUAGACUAGACAACUUGCUAAGCCAUUUUAUAGACUGUGGCUUUGCUGAAAGCCUUCAAGUGGACUGAAUGGAUACUGUACAAUCAUCUGUACACCAUUAUUGUAUUUCUGCCCCGGAAAUGAACAUUAUCUUCAUCUCUAUAUAACAUGCGCAGUCAAGAUUCCUUUGUAAAUAAAACCAAAAGUUUAAGUGC